UGCGUUCAAACGUUCGAUAUUCGGUAUGAAAAUGUUGUGUGCUUUUAUUUCGCUAUUUUCUUGCUUUUUCCUUGUGGUUUCAGCCGAGGAUGUAGCUUGUCCAACUGGAGCUUCGUCUGGCUGUACAUGUAGCAAGAUUUCGGAUGAUCUGAAAGUUGAAUGUAAAGACAACGACCAAAUUACUGACAUACCGGCAUGGAUACCAAACAAUACGAACAGACUGGAGUUUGAAAAUUGUGAUAUUCGCAUCCUAAAUCGUGACAGUUUCAAGAAUCUCGUCAAUCUAACUAAUAUAGAAAUAGUCAAGCAAAGCCGUCGUCUUACCUUUAACGAUAGUUCGGUUUUUCAAGGCUUGAAUCGUUUGUCUAAAGUCGUCUUCGAUGAUAAUAAUAUUGCCUCGCUCCCAGCUGGCUUGUUUGCCAAUCUACCAAGUUUGGAGACACUUGGGCUCAACGAUAAUCCAUUACCAACUUUGCCUGAUGAUUUGCUUCAAAACUCACCAAAUGUUCAAACUUUUAACCUUGCGAAUACAAAAUUAGAUAAAGAUAAUAUUACUAAGAUAGGCGAAGGACAUUUUGGUAAAAAUAUUCAGGCUUUGUGGAUCAGUGGCACAUACAUUCAACGUUUGAAGGAUGGCUUAUUUACUGGCCUACCAAAACUGAAAGCUUUAUCAAUUGGUAAUUGUGGAAUUAACUUUAUCGGGGCAGAUAUACUAAAAGGAACUGAACUUGGCAGCAUAACUCUUGAUGGGAACCCAAUCCAAUCAAUUGAUGAGAAUGCUUUCCGGGGUUCCAAAGUGCCUGUAUUUCAAUGUAAUGGAUGCCAGCUGAUAUCCAGUGUUACAUUUAAUGGCUUUCUGAAGAAAAUGCCAGCGCUGUACAGCAUUAACCUUCAAAAUAAUAAUCUCACUCACGUUCCAAAGAAUGCGUUUACUGAGCUAAGAGAUCUGUCUAUAAUUGACUUAUCGAGUAACUUAAUUGCAACCAUUGAAAGCAAUCCUUAUGGUGACUUGCCAAAAUGUGGUACUACAACAUGUAUACAGCUUGAUAAUAACCCGUUCAACUGUGACUGUAACCUGGCUUGGUUACGAUCCUUUGCUGACAAGAUUGAAGGUGACAAAACAUCCUGGAAAUGUGUUGGACCGCCGAGUGUGGCUGGGAAAAGUUUGCUGUCACUUGAAAUCAAUGCGUUUUGUUGUGGAAGUGUGAACUCAACAAAGUGUGGUUUGCCCCAGCCAGCCACUCAGCCUACUCUUCAGCCUACAACUCGGCCUACUACUCAGUCUGACCCGGAUCCUAACAAUGGAUGGAUUGUUUCUGCUGAUGGUAUGAUGGUAGCUAUCUUGUCUCAGAUUGUGAUAAUGUUUAGUAUCCCUUAACUUUUUGUGUGACAUUUUUAGAUUCAGCUACUUUAAUCAGAAUAUUAUAUUACUAGGCCUCUCCAAAUUAGGCUUUAGUUUCCUGUCCGGCCCUUAUUUCAUAUUACACGUGGGCGGGCGGUCCAUUUCCAUUACCAUUAGAAUUAAUGUCUGAAAGAAUCUGACACAACUCGUUAUUCGUAAUUCCAUGAAAUAGAUCCACGCUUUAAACGUCCAUUCAACCAUGUUUCUAUGGAUUGUUUUGGAUUUUGUGUAUGAAAGCCAUGAAAGCAAUGAAAGCAAUGAAAGCCAUGCUAUUAGUUAACAUUAUCCUUUUAUUAUGUUCGCGAAAAUCAAAACGUGUAACAGAAGUGUCUAACUCCGCGGCCGCUACAGUAAUAAAAACGAACAAAGACAACAAUUCACAAUCCCGUUCUUUCAGGAAAGUUUCAUUAUGUUAUAAAUAUGUAUUUAAGUUCUUUAAUUGUAGGUUUGCAUGGCGAUAAAACAUAUAACACUUUUGUUUGUGGAAACACCACGUAAAUUCAUUACUGCAAAUAUGUAUUUCUUGAACAAUAGAUUGGAAAACUGUGCAUUUUCGUUUUUCUUAGUCAUAAAGGUCAAAUAAUGGAAACAACUUAGCAAUUAUGGACAAAUUAUGCGGCAAUUUCUAGGAGACGCGUAGGUGGAGGAAAGGAAACUAAAGUUUAAUUUUGGAGUGUCCUUAUACUGCAUAAUUAUACAAAUUACAAAAUCAAAAUGUAUGGUUUCGAGAUACUGGUUUGCCUUUGAAUUUGCACUAAAUUUUAAGCCUGAGGUACUUGCGAUCAAUAGCUAUUGUAGCCUAUAUCUUAGUGAAAAUUCCCUUAUGGCAGCAACAAUAGAGUUCCCUUUAUUUCACAACUAUGAAAGAUAUGGAUCCAGGAUAAAGCAGAUUCUGGUGACCACAAAUCAACAGUGAUGUACAUUAACCCAUUAAGUUGCAUUGUGCCAAUCAUCCUUUCAUUCUAUACCUCUAGUUCGAACUGAAAGAUUUCAGCGUUCUUUUGAAAAUACGUGUCUGUUUGAAUAUUUUUAGUUUUUGAUUGCAUGCAUAUAAAUUAUUGCAUAAUAUUGUAAAUAUAGUAAAUAGUAAUAAAGUAUAAUAAGCCAAUCAAAUGUAUAACUGUAUAUCAAUGUCAAAUUUUUAAUUAAAAAUUUAGUUUCUAAUCUAGACUUAGCAUGAUAACAGACCUACGUUUCACCCGCCCUAAAAUUCGUCGACGGAAAGGGUGAAACGUAGGUCUGAUGAAAAUGUUGUCAAAAGCGCCUUCCGCCCACUUUGCAUUUUGCAAUCAUUAACGAUGAUGAUUGACACAACAUGUAAUACCUAAAAAUACAAUGAAAGUUGUCGAUUUCACUUUAUUGCAAGUUUGUAAACUAGUAAGAGUCGAUAAGUACAGAUAUUCGAAUAAAUAUUUAAAAUAUUGGUAACCCCAUGGAGCCCGUUGCUUUUAUAUACUUAAAC